AAAAAAAUGAAUAAAAAAAUAGUCAUGGGUCUCUUCUUUUCUAGGAAUUUGCCUUUUAAAUAUUUUCUCCCAUUUCUUUUCUCCAAGAACCUUUAUGGCCAUUUGUUUCCCAAGCAAUUGGAGUGCUUGGUUGCCCGUACCGGCAGGCAUUUGCAGCGCUAUGAUGAUGGCUGUCGCCAAGUUGUGGGAUGCAUUCCAUACAGAUACAGGAGAAAGGGACUCCAAAAGAAGGAAUUAGAGGUUCUUGUGAUUAGUGCUCAGAACGGCAAUGGAAUGCAGUUCCCAAAGGGAGGUUGGGAGACUGAUGAAUCCAUGGAGCAGGCUGCUUUAAGGGAGACCAUAGAGGAAGCUGGGGUUGCCGGCAACAUCCAAAGUAAAUUGGGCAAAUGGUUUUAUAAGAGCAAACGCCAAGGCAGGGUACAUGAAGGAUAUAUGUUCUCUUUGCUUGUCAAUAAGCAAUUAGAGAAUUGGCCUGAGAAGAACUUCCGAAAACGAAGAUGGAUGACUGUUGCUGAAGCAAAAAAAGUUUGUCCACAUACUUGGAUGAAGGAGGCUUUAGAUGUAUUGGUCAAUAGACAAUCUCAAUCCUGGCCAGAAACGAGGGAGAUAUAAUUAGUUUGUUAAC